ACUAGACCAACAAGAAGAGCCCCCCGGCAUUAUCCCCCCUGGUUCCCUUUGUCUCCUGCCUUUGUUCGCCUGCCUGCGAGUACAUGCCUUCGGAUAUACCUGCAGGAAUAUCUCUGCGAAUAGGCAUUCCCUGUACCGAGGCCGCAUAUGGUGCGUCAAGCUGAUAUGUUAUUAUGUGUUUUGUUCCAAACGAGAGGGCGAAAACCACGCCGCCUUUCCGUACCCACUUACACGUGCUGAACGUUCACUCUUUAUUUUCCCAUCAUCGAUUUAUUUCUGAUUGCUCGGAGCCAAAACUCUUGAUAGCUAUUUUAGUGACUUCAUCCAGCUUUUUGUUUUCUCGCCAGCUACCUUUUUAGCUCAUUUCCAGCUUCAGCUACUGCCCUCACCUCGUCCCUCGCUAGCUCCCAUUUCUAGCUCCCACGUAUUUCUUCUCCGAUGUUGAAACAAUACGGAAAGCGUCGCAACACCCGCCAAUACGACUUGGACGACUUGUGGGACACCUUCAAGGAACACGAGAUUUCCGAUACGUCGUUUGCUCAGAACAGCGACGACGAAGAGCCUUCUCCUGGGAUUUCCUACGGGAUCCAGCCGCCGGUUUUUGCGGCGUUUAACGACUCACCACUCGCAAGAGACGCGGAUAUUGUGUCGCUAGAGCUGGUGCCACUUGAGGUCCCGCGCGUGCGCGCGCGUGAACCUCUCGCCCUGUUGUCGCCCAACGUCCAUCGGAUGGUCCAUUUGGAACAGGACAAACCGAAUCCACAUGUACAUACACGCACGACUACCGCCUACCGCAUUUCCGCGCCCAUGAACCCGAGAAAAGAAGUGAUAGACGCGACGGGACGCUCAAGUAGUGUGCCUAUGACUACACACAGCAUUCAGACCGCACCAGACCGCGAGCUGCGCGCCGCGAGCAACCCGACGCACCGCCGCAGUAUCUCCACAUCGAUCCUGGAGUCGGAUGCGAUUGCUAAGGGAAAGAAACUCCUCCGUCGCAUGUCGCAAUCGUUCCGUGGCCCUGUCGUGACCGAGGCGCGCCAGCGCUCGCCAACGCGCAACCCACCGCGCAGCAGCAUCUCGCUCUUUGAGAAGAAGCCGAAAUACCAGUUUCCGGGAAUCUCGCAGCCGGUGCUCCACCAGUCGUCGCAGAAAAAGAUUGAAAACAAGUUUGGAAGUUCGGUUAUUUCACUCAACGAGGGCGUGAUCGCACGCGAGACGCGUUCACGCAAUGUGUCGAACUCUAGCACGGGAACCACUCGUACCACCACAAACGGCUCUGGGUCGGACAAGACCAAGCCGGUCGCUGUUUCCUCCGCCCCUGCGGUUCGCAGCUUCGUCUCGUCUCGCGCACGCUCUUCUUCCGCGACAGCUGACCACCACUUGCACCCCCUCCUCGCCCUCACAUCCUCCCCCCAUGUCACCCCCUUCCUGUCCUUCAUUAACUCGCGCCUCCCCCGGUUCCAGCUCUCCAAGCUAGCCGAGUCCACGUACAGCGAGGUGUUCCUCGAGGCGAGCUUUUCGGGUGACGCGCGACAUGUGCUCAAGAUCGUGCCGUUCGCGGCGCACGCGGCGGUCUGCACGCAGGACUUGGUGCAGGAGUUGCAGAUCACGCAGCACUUGUCACACUUGGACGGGUUUGUGAAGUACACUUCCUCGCACGUGGUGCAAGGGAGCUAUCCUGAGCUUCUUCUCCGCCUCUGGGACCGCUACGGACGCUCCAACUCGUCGGAAAAUGCCCGCCCCGACGGUUUUUCCGCGACGCAGAUGUUCCUUGUGAUUGAGCUCGAGUAUGCGGGCACUGACUUGGAGCGAUUCCCCGUGCAGGACUGGCAGCAGGCGUCGCGCAUCUUCUGGCUGGUGGCGCGCACGCUCGCGCUCGGCGAAGUGGAGCACAAGUUUGAGCACCGCGACUUGCACUGGGGGAAUAUCACCAUCAAGGAGCACGUGAAUUACCAGAAAUUGGCCGAAAUGGAUGUCGCUAUGGGUGAAGACCCUACCGCAACAGAGUUGGAGGUGACUGUCAUUGAUUUUACGCUAUCCAAGCUCAAGCUAGAUACCCAGGUGGUGUGGAAACCGCUCGAUGACCCGGAGUUGUUUACGGGGAAGGGUGACUACCAGUUUGAGAUUUACCGGUUCAUGAAGGCAGAUUACCUCCAGAGAGCUCGUCGCAACGGCGUCGACUGGUCCGUGGAUUUGAAGUCCAACGUGUACUGGUUGCACUACCUCGCGGACAAGUUGUUGAACCACAAGCUGUUGGUCGCGAUUGCGCGUGACGGCAACGGGCCCGCGAAUCCGCAUCACGCGGUAGAUGUUGCGCGCGAGACACGCUGCUACGAGGCGUUGAAGAUGUGCCACCGCAUUUUGGAUCCGCGCGGCGCACGGCACGCGCGCAAUGUUUCGUGCGACUCGUUCGCUGGUGCCGGUGCGUUUGUCGCGUGGGCGCGCGGUAUGGGUGUUGUUGAUGUGUAGCGUUUAUAUAAAUGGUACAGUGUUAAUAAGUGGGUGGGGGUAUGCAUAGGUAGCUGAGAGUAAAGAAACGCGAUCUAGUUCGGGAUUAAUCGUUGAGGGUAUAGAGUUUCUGGGGGUGUAUAUGACCAUGAAAUGGUUCACCUUUUUCAGCCAUCAUCUCCAGUUAUGGGAUGCACCCCGUUGUGGUUGCUGUCAAAUGCGGAUAUCGGUCAGCGUAUGUUUUCUCGACAUGCGUGUGCAAACUUCCGUUUCCAAGCACAGCUAAUGCGAGAUAUUUAAAUAGAAAAAUUUCAGAGUCAGCUAAUUAACAUACCCAAUAGCAACAUUAACCAUGGCCACUG